AUGGACUUUGACUACGCUCACUUCGCCCUAACCGAAGGAAACAAAGGUAAAGACCAGACAGAUCAGGUAAGCUCACCAUCCAGAGAGGCCUACAGGAAGCAACUCGCUGAGACGAUGAACCUGAACCACACACGGAUCCUCGCCUUCAGGAACAAACCUCAAGCUCCUCUGGACUUGCUUCCCACCGACCACUCUGCUUCUUCUCUUCACCACCAACCCAAAUCCGUUAAGCCAAGAAGAUACAUUCCUCAGACUUCUGAGAGGACGUUGGACGCACCUGACAUUGUUGACGACUUCUACCUCAACUUGCUUGACUGGGGCAGUGCUAAUGUCUUGGCCAUUGCGUUGGGACACACUGUUUAUCUCUGGGAUGCUUCCACUGGCUCCACGUCUGAGCUUGUCACCGUUGAUGAGGAGAAAGGACUGGUCACGAGCAUCAACUGGGCGCCUGAUGGUCGUCAUGUUGCAGUUGGACUCAACAACUCCGAAGUCCAGCUUUGGGAUUCUGGAUCCAACCGUCAACUGAGGACAUUGAAAGGUUGCCACCAGUCUAGAGUAGGAUCACUGGCGUGGAACAACCACAUCCUCACAACGGGUGGGAUGGACGGACAGAUCGUUAGCAACGACGUGCGCAUCAGAUCACAUAUCGUGGAGACUUACAGUGGACACACUCAAGAGGUUUGUGGCCUCAAGUGGUCAGGAUCCGGGCAGCAGCUAGCGAGCGGUGGCAACGACAAUGUUGUGCACGUAUGGGAUCGUUCCGUGGCCUCCUCGAACUCGACCACGCAGUGGCUUCACAGGCUUGAGGAACAUACCUCUGCUGUGAAGGCUCUUGCGUGGUGCCCUUUCCAGGCGAAUUUGCUAGCGACCGGUGGUGGUGGAGGGGACAGGACGAUUAAGUUCUGGAACACUCACACGGGGGCUUGCUUGAACUCGGUGGACACUGGCUCCCAAGUUUGUUCUUUGCUGUGGAGUAAGAAUGAGAGAGAGUUGCUUAGCUCGCAUGGGUUUACUCAGAACCAGCUUACGUUGUGGAAGUACCCGUCUAUGGUGAAGAUGGCUGAGCUCACUGGUCAUACAUCAAGAGUUCUGUACAUGGCCCAGAGUCCAGAUGGUUGUACAGUAGCUUCAGCAGCAGGAGACGAGACACUGAGAUUCUGGAAUGUGUUUGGAGCACCAGAGACGGCCAAGAAAGCAGCUCCAAAAGCAGUCCAUGAGCCAUUCUCUCAUGUGAACCGUAUUCGUUGAAGAAACUGUGAAGAAAGAAAGACUAACAACUAAGAAAACCAGCCCUUCAUUCUUGCAUAAGAACGUUCUUAGUUUCAUUUUUUUUGGUUUCAUUCAUCAUGAACUGUGUAUAGAUUUUGAGACUAAAACUUCGAUGCUUGUAUAGAUUCUAAAUAGAAAAAAAAGAUUCUUGUUUUUAAUAA